AUAUCAAAACAUCGUUAAACAUCAAAAUGGUCAAAAAACCUUUUAUUUUUCUAUUAUUAAUACUCAUCUUGUUGAACCAAGUCUAUGUUGAUGCUACGCUUGAUUACGCUCCUAGGAAUAUUGAUACAGAAUGCUCGCCUAAAAAUAUUUUGGUUGGCUCUUACGUUGGGGGAAGAAGUCAUCUUAAACCGAUACUAGACGUUGCUGCUAUAUUAAUUGAAAGAGGUCACAAUGUAACACUGUUGACAUCAGGAUAUUAUGCGCCAUCAUUAGAAUAUCCAACUGUUAAACAAAUUACGUUGGGUCCCGAAAUAAAUUAUAAAGAGAUAUUGGAUGCAGAGUUUCAUAAAGAAUUUGAUUUUAAUAGGAUGGCAUAUUUUUUUGAAAAAAGCGUAAAAGAUUACAAAGAAACGUAUGAAAAAUAUAAAAGUGUCGCUAAAGAUUAUAAUAUUGACUUAUUUAUUUGUGAUAUGCAUAUAAAUGAAGCUUGCUUAGAUAUUGCUAACACUCUAAAGAAACCUGUUGUUGGAAUGAGUUCGUUUUUUCAAUUUGCUAAUCGCGGAUUACAUAAAUCCGAUCCAAUGUUUCAAUGCAACAUUUCAUUAGAAAAUGAAUCUUUUUUGGAGAGAUUUAAAUGUAUUAUAGUACGCCCUCUUAAAUUAUUUUAUAUGAUACAUCCUAUUAUUAAUCAGUUAAAUAAUUUCAGAGAACAAGUUAAUGUCAAACCUAUAGUUAUGGGACAAUCGCCAAAAGUUUCUUUACAUUUGGUUGACACUUUCUUCGGUUUUGAGUUACCACAAUCUUUACCACCAAAUGUUCAGGAAAUGGGACCAGUAUUGUCGGAAGAAUAUCCAUCACUUACGUCUGAACUCUCUGAUUUUAUGAAUGCACAUGAUCGUGUCUUAUAUGUAGCUUUUGGUACGCGUUUUCACGCAAGCACCGAGAACAACAACAAGCUUUUACAAUCAUUUGUCGAAGCAAUCAAUAAAAAAAUAAUCGAUGGCGUAGUUUGGGCAUUAGUUUUGACACCAGAGGAUAGCUACUCCUCGACAAUAACCCUAACUGAUGGUUCACAUAUUCAAACUUCACCAAUAUUAAAUAACAAGCAUCCACAUAUUCAUAUUGCAAAGUUCGCACCACAAUUCGCUAUACUUAAUCAUACCAAUACAAAAUUGUUUUUUGCCCACGGAGGUGCAGGAAGUUCUCAUGAAUCUCUUUAUACUGGUACUCCUAUGUUAGUAUUGCCUUUUGGUGUUGAUCAAAUGGGUAAUGCUGAUAAAUUAGAAUCAGCUGGUGUUGCAUUAACAUUGAAUAAGUUUAACUUAGAUGUUAGUGAUAUUAUAAACAAGAUAGAUUUUUUAUUAAAAGAUAAGAAUAUAAAGAAAAAUUCAGAGAGAUUGGAAUUUUUAGCUAAAAUUAAUAGCAAGAGAAAGUUUAGAGCUGCCGAUUCAAUUGAAUAUAUUUUACAUAGUAGUAAUCUUAAUGAAGGUGUUGAUGAAGAAUUUUUAAAUGAAUGGUUUCCUGCAGAAUCUAGGAUGGGACUCAUUAAAGGAAAUAAUUAUGACGUUUAUGGAGCUUGGUUAGGUAUCGUUCUUGGACUUAUUGGUGGAAUUCUGUGGGUUAUAUUUAUAUCAAUUAGUUUUAUUUUAAAAAGAAUUAUUCCUUUUUUUAUUCAAAAACUAAAGAAUGAAUAAUUUAUAAAAUCUUAAAUGCUUAUGUUUUUUUA